UUUUGGGAUAAUUUUGUCAUCCUCUCGGCGCCAUUCAUUUCUCAAGAGCACAGAAAGUAUCAGAAAGAGAGGUCGAUCAUGGCGAUUUCGCUCAACUCUGUCGUGAGCUUGAAUUCAUCCCUGCAGGCAAACUACCAGCGUGCAUCAAAGGGAAUCUCUGUGCAGAAGGCUCUCCAGUUGGCUUGUCCCUCACAGAAGGUGUGGUUACGCAGGGAUGUAAAGGAGACAAAGUGGAGUUUCAAUCUCUUAGUUGCAAAUACCGAUCGUGUUGAGACUGAGAGCUUAAAUUCCUCUGUGGAGAAUCCUUCACCGUCUGAGUCUUCAAGAAUCGAGACUGAAGAUCAACCUAGUGCUCAAGCUGAUUCAGCUCCGGAAGGAUCUGAUGGUUCCAAUGGAUUACUAACUUCCAAAAACUUGAAAGAGGAUGCGUCUUCUGUAACUACAAAGCCAGCCUUGAAAAGGUCUCCAUUGACAGCUAGAGAAAAACUUAGGGCGGCUCGUGUUCUUAGCCGUUACAAUAAUGAAUCAAAAGCAGCCUCUAAACCAGAUAUGGGAAGCAAACUACUUGAGGUUUUACGUGAGUCUGAAAAGGGUAAAAAAGGCCUUCCAGAGGCACCUAAUAAUCUAUUUGAUGAUAGCAAAAGAGGGCUUCCAAAACCGGGCUGGACUUUCGAGCUUCCAGUAGGAUUUGACGUGUUUCUCAUUGCAUUUUCAUUUGUAUUUAUCAGCACAGUAAUGUUCGCCACAACAUACAUUGUGUGGAAAGUUGGUGCCAUACAUUUCAAUGAGUAUUAAGGGUGGUCUCACAGGUAUCCUCUUUCCUUCUCCAUUUUCUGGACAAGCAACCAAAUUUUUGGUAGCAGAAUUUAGGCACUAUCAAUGCUUUUCUUCCCAUCGCCAACUUUUGUGUCUUUACGAAGAAGUACUUGAAGGAGCCCCGAUUUUUAAGUCGGAAGAAGGCCUGGGUGGGGGUUUGGAGUAAGGAAGGGAUGGAGAUCGAGAUAGGCAAGACAUACAUCAGUGUACAAAAUGGAUCCAAAACUUAUUAGUCAAAAUAUUUUCAUUUCUUGAAUUCCUCUCUUUUCCUCUGUGUGAUAUGCAUAACGGAGUAUUUAUCUUUUUAACUCCAUUUUGAAGGAGUCGAAUGUUUAGCAAUACACUUGUUUGAUUUUCAGCU